UGGAUUGGAUUGGAUUGGAUUGGAUUGGAUUUGUUGCGAUGACGGGAGUUUUGGUGUUUUUUUCUUCUUCUUUUUCUUUCUUUUCUUUCUUUUCUCACGCCUUUUUAUUUUUUUAUUUUUAUUUUGCUCAUUCUAUUUUGGCUCUGUUGGUUGGCCCGGUACGAUGGAGGGGAGGGGAAGGGGGUUCCGGCUCUAUGCGAGACGAGACGAUACGGAUGGAUAGGGUUGGAAAGGCAGGUAGGCAGGUAUGAUGUGGAUAUAGAUACCAUAUACGGGUUACGGAUUCGACAGUGGACACUGGAGAGUGCUCCUCAACCACUUGCAUCGGGGGGGGGAGGGGGGGGGGGGUUU